GACCAGAGAGAAACUGGAAGAGAGAAGGAUGAGAAAAGGAAGACCAAGGAAUGGGUUGGGUAGAUUCAGGGCAAAAAUCUGUAGAAAACUCAGCUGUGUUCCGGUGGUGAUGACUUCCCCACGAGAAUACACCUCUUGCAAAGGAUCUCCUUCAUCUCUCUCCAGAGGAGAAGAGGAAACACAAGAAGAAGCGCCUGGUGCAGAGCCCCAAUUCCUAUUUUAUGGAUGUGAAAUGCCCAGGAUGCUGUAAAAUCACCACCGUCUUUAGCCAUGCGCAAACAGUGUUGUGCGUUGGCUGCUCUACUGUCCUCUGCCAGCCUACAGGAGGAAAAGCAAGACUUACAGGAGGAUGCUCCUUCAGACAGAGGCAGCACUAA